AUGGGUUGGCCAACGGUGGCCUUGCUGGGUCUAACGACCCUGACGCUGGUCACAUCGUAUCGCAUGCCAGACCACGAUCUUCUGCCACCAGUCGAGAGGCCCAUUUCACAUUCUAAUGGUGAUACCCUCCAUCGUACAUCUGUGGAGACCCACUCAGAUGUUAUUUCUGACAAUCGGCCUAAUCUUGAAUUCGGAUCCUCCCAGCAUGUCCCCCUCCGAGAUGCUGUGGAGUUCAAUCCUCACGGCGGUGACGUCACGAGUGAACGACUGCAGGAGAUCCCCCAGGACAUUCCAAGGAGAACUCCCCUGAGGGACGCAGUGGAGCGCCGACCGCCGCCUCCCCUGGGCAAUCGAAUAGUUAAUCACGAGGCUAUUUGGCUAGAACAAUUACUCCUCCCUGCAGUUCGUCGUAAUCAAGGCCCUAACAAUAUCGUCUGCCACUUGGACUCCAGCGCUGUUUACAGAAAUGACCCGUUCUCGCUGAUGCCUCAUGGGAUUCCCAGCAGGAAGUGCUCGCACGUUGUUUACAACUCUGCGACAAUAGAUCCCGAGAAGCUAAUCGUCAUCCCCCGGGAUCCGGACUACGACGAGAUCAAAGGUGGAUAUAAAGCAGUCGUCGGUCUCCGCUUCAAAGACCCGUCCGUCCGCAUAUUGAUUUCAAUAGUCUCUCCGGAUGCCGGAAAGCUCUACACCGACAUAGCGAGCGACUCCCGGCGCACCGAACAAUUCCUCCAGUCCCUGUUAGCUUUCCUCCAGAAGCACCAGUUUGAUGGGGUUGAAAUAAACUGGGCGCAUGCACCCAACAAUCGACUGAAAUCCCUCCUGAAAGCCCUGUACAGUCCUCUGACGUCCCAAGGGUACACUCUCGCCCUCGCGGUGAGACCGGAAGACGAAGUAGAUUCGGAACUCGCUGAUCAGACGGAUCUCCUGUUCUUCCAAGCGUGGAAACACACUCCGCAGAAAUGGGCGCGUCACCCCGCUCCCCUUUCUUUUGUUACGGAUUUCGUUGGAGGCUGGCUGAAACGUGGAACCACUCCCAGAAAAAUAAUCCUGGGCAUCCCCACGUUCGGGAGGAGCUACACGCUGAAAUAUAGAAAUGACACGAAUGCUGGGGCUCCUGUGGCUGGACCAGGGAUUCCGGGCCGCCACACGAAUCUUCUGGGCAUCUGGUCAUACUACGAAGCCUGUUCGAUGAUCGAGGAACAAUGGUACGCGGGGAGAGACACCGACGGCUCCUACAUAAAGCGAGGAGACCAGUGGGUGGGCUACGAAGACCCAAUAUCAGUGAAACUGAAGACAGCCUACAUCAAGCAAAUGGGUCUGGGUGGAGUGGACCUCUCGUCCCUAGACCUAGACGACUUCGUAGGGCUCUGCGGGGACACCUGGCCCAUGCUGACGACGGCCACCACGAGCCUGGGUGUCUACGACAUCCCCAUCGGCAGAUGCAGCGAGGACAAAGUGACGAGCGAUCCUGACAACUGCUCGGGCUUCCUAAUCUGCGACGAACACAAUCUCUACAAGGGCUCCUGUGGAAUGGGACGCUUCUUCGACGCCACCGACAGCAAAUGCAUCAAAGCAGAUCCUGCCAUGUGCAAUCCUGGAUACGUCCAGCGCUUUGUGGGGGGCCAUCGAUACCUGGAGAAUCUGAAGGAGAAGCGGCAGAGGGGGAAGCUCCAGAUCAGCCAGAAGGGGCCCAGAGUCGUCUGCUACGUCACCUCGUGGUCGCUCUACCGAAAGGGAGAGGGGAAAUUCGUCCCUGAGCAUUUGGACACGAGACUCUGCACUGACAUCGUCUACGCCUUCGCCGGGCUGAACCCUGACAGCUUGAUGAUGCAACCGUUCGACCCUUGGGCGGACGUGGACAAUGAUCUCUACGGGAGGAUCACCGCGGCGAAUGGACCCAGAGUCCUCCUGGCGCUCGGCGGGUGGACUGAUAGCACUGGCGACAAGUAUUCCAGGCUUGUCCGCAGCCCCUCGGCGCGACAGAAGUUCAUAGCCACGACAGUCAACUACUUGCACAUGAAUAAUUUCGAUGGACUGUCGCUCGAGUGGAACUACCCCAAGUGCUGGCAGAGCGACUGCAAGAAGGGCUCUGACUCUGAUAAACCGAACUUCACGAAGCUGGUUCAGGAGAUGAGGGAGGCGUUUGAUCAGGCAAACCCUCCGUUGACUCUUGCGGUCGCUCUGUCCGGGUACAAGGAAGUCAUUGACAGGGCUUAUGACGUUUUGGAGAUUUCUGAAGCCGCGGAGUUUAUAACGGUCAUGACUUAUGAUUAUCAUGGCGCUUGGGAGUCUAAGACUGGACACUUGGCGCCUCUCUACGAGAGGUGGGGGGAUGAUAAUCCGUAUUAUAAUAUCAAUUUUACGAUGAACUAUCUGAUGAGCCUGGGAGCCCAGAGACAGAAACUUGUUCCAGGAGUCGCGUUUUACGGACAAGCUUAUCGUCUAGCUUCGGCAUUUCAGCACAAAUUAGGGGAUCCGGCAAGUGGCCCAGGCACCCCUGGAGAGUUCACCAAACAACCUGGUAUGCUUGCAUACUACGAAAUCUGCGACAACAUCAAGCGUCGUAAAUGGGACAUCGGCGAGGGCCCCAGUGCUCACUUCAAGGAUCAGUUUGUAGCGUUCGACGAUGCGAAUAGUGUUUUCGAGAAAGGCUCUUGGAUAAUGCAGAACGGCUUCGCCGGGGCGACAGCGUGGACCGUAGACUUGGAUGAUUUCAUGAACAGAUGUUGCCUCGAACCGUUUCCACUCCUGCGAAGCCUCAACCGAGCUCUGGGGCGUCUUCUGGACCCGGCACCGAUUGACGAGAACUGCGAGCGCCCGUCAGAUCCAGCCACCCCUCAACCGCCCACCAUGACAACUCACAGCGAUGCAAACGACGGCGUUCCCAGGCCCACGCAUUCUAUGACGUCGUCAACUACGACUAAGACCACCACUUGGCCGACUUGGACGGAGAGACCUAGUACAAAACCGACGACGACGGGGACUACUUGGCCCACGUGGACUUGGAGCACUGCGGCGAGUACGACGACUACAACUAUCAGAGCACCGACACGCUGGACAACCACAACAAAAAAACCCGUCGAAACCGACGAGUCCCCAGUGCCAGGUACGCCUUGUACAACAGGUGUAUACGUGCCAGACCCACACAACUGCGGUAACUACCUCCGCUGUGUCCUCGGUGAGUUUCGACGUGAGUUCUGCACGCCAGGUCUUCACUGGGAUGAGAAACGCGGACGCUGUGAUUGGCCGGCAACUGCUAAAUGUCAACAAGUCACUGCAAGCGGAAGUACCCAGAAGCCAUGGAUAUCUCAAAGACCAACAACCCAGAAACCGACGACUACAGCAUGGACGACACCAUCAACAAGACCCCCGUCACGUCCAACAAGACCGACAACACCGAAACCCGUUGAUGGUCCUGUCGUAGGACCGAAGGAAUGCCAGCAUGGCCAGUACUACGCGUAUCCUGAUUCCUGCACUCACUUCUUAAUUUGCGUGAAUAAUAAUCUUGUUAUUCAGCAGUGCGGUCCUGGUUUGAAUUGGAAUGACAAGAAGAGCAUGUGCGACUGGGCUUUCAAGAAUCCAUGCAAAGACAAGCCGAAUAAGAAUUCGGCACUGGUCAUGAAGGAUAAGACGAAAAAUGAGCCCUGCAUCCCCGGCAGUUUCAGUGAAGUCCCAGAAGACUGUGCGAGUUACCACGCCUGUCUGUGGGGUCGACACGAGAAGUUUUCCUGCGCCCCAGGCCUCCACUUCAACAAGCAAACUCACAUCUGCGACUGGCCGGCACGUGCCAAGUGCAAAGUAGAACCCGUUUACACAGAGAAGCCCCCAGUGGACCCUUUCGUUCACGUCACAACAACUCGUCGCCCAGUCAAGCCCACGAAAAAUCCGAUUACAACAACAACUCAGAACUGGAAUGAACCGUGGACCGAGAAGCCCAAGCCCCUUCCCCCGCCGAUAAUUGACCCCUCGAAAGUAUCUCCCCUGUCCGGACACUUCAAGGUUGUCUGCUACUUCACGAAUUGGGCUUGGUACCGUCAGGGUGUAGGGAAGUACCUCCCUGAGAACAUCGAUCACACCCUCUGCACGCACAUUGUUUACGGAUUCGCAGUGCUGGAUUACUCUGAACUGACCAUCAGGGCGCACGACUCUUGGGCUGAUUUUGACAAUCGAUUUUAUGACAGGGUUGUGGCGUAUAAGCAGAGGGGGUUGAAGGUGCUGCUGGCUCUCGGGGGGUGGAAUGACUCCGCUGGCGAUAAGUACAGCAGAUUGGUUAAUUCUCCUGCUGCUAGGAGGAAAUUCAUUGAACAUGCCAUUAGGUUUAUUGAGAAGUACAAGUUCGAUGGGUUGGACAUGGAUUGGGAGUAUCCUGUGUGCUGGCAGGUCGAGUGCAAGAAAGGACCAGCGUCCGACAAAGAAGGAUUCGCCGCUCUUCUACGAGAACUCAGUGCACAAUUCAAACCCAGGGGUCUCCUCCUCUCUUCAGCUGUAUCGCCGAACAAGCUGGUGAUUGAUAAAGGGUACGAUGUGCCCACAUUGGCGAAGUACUUGGACUGGAUCGCAGUCAUGACUUACGAUUAUCACGGUCAGUGGGACAAGAAGACUGGCCACGUAGCUCCCAUGUAUCAUCAUGAAACCGAUGACGCUUAUUUCUUCAAUGCUAAUUAUUCCAUCAAUUAUUGGAUUUCCAAGGGCGCACCGCCGAGGAGUAUUGUGAUGGGUAUGCCACUGUACGGCCAAGCCUUUUCAAUAAACGAUCCGAGCGCAGGAACAGGUCUGAAUUCUCCAGCAAGUGCUGGAAUUGCCGGGGAAUUCACGAAAGCGGGGGGAUUCCUAGCAUAUUACGAGAUCUGUGACAGAAUAAAGAACCAUGGCUGGAAGGUCUACCAGGACCCCCAGAGGCGGAUGGGUCCUUACGCUUACAAAGGCAACCAAUGGGUGAGCUUCGACGACGCAGACAUGAUCCGUCAGAAGGCCCAGUACGUUCGGGACAUGGGCCUGGGGGGAGGAAUGGUGUGGGCCCUCGACCUCGACGACUUCAAGGGCAGGUGCGGCGAGGGAGAACACCCCCUGAUGCACACGCUGCAACAAGUCUUGGCGGAACCUCCGACUGAGCAUGACAGACCCAUCAAACCUCCUGCGUUUGGAGAGAGUUUAGAAUGGAUGGCGUCACCCCCGAAGAAGAUGCCCGCUGCGCACCCGGAGAAUCAUGUUCAGAAGGGGGAGGACGGGUUCAAGGUCAUUUGCUACUUCACCAAUUGGGCGUGGUAUAGACAGGAGGGGGGGAAGUAUCUUCCUGAGGAUAUCGACGCCGACUUGUGCACUCAUGUGAUUUAUGGAUUUGCCGUUCUCGAUGGGUCGACUAGCACCAUCAAACCACAUGACCCUUGGGCGGAUAUCGAUAAUAAGUUUUACGAACGAGUGGUUGCCUACAAAGCAAAGGGAAUCAAAGUACUGAUAGGUAUCGGUGGCUGGAACGACUCAGCUGGUGAUAAAUACAGCAGGCUUGUGAAUUCUCCAUCAGCCAGGUCGCGAUUCAUCACUCAUGUGGUUCAAUUCAUAGAGAAGUACGGAUUUGAAGGAUUGGAUUUAGAUUGGGAGUAUCCAGUCUGCUGGCAGGUCGAUUGUUCGAAAGGACCACCGUCGGAUAAACAGAGCUUCACAGCAUUCGUUCGAGAACUCAGCAGGACCUUCAAACCCAAAGGACUUUUGCUCUCAACGGCAGUAUCACCCAGCAAACGAGUUAUAGACGCCGGCUACGAAGUCGCUGAAUUAUCGAAAUACUUUGACUGGAUUUCCGUGAUGACUUACGACUUCCAUGGCCAGUGGGACAAGAAAACCGGUCACGUAGCACCACUUUACGUGCGCAGUGACGACUGGGAGCCAACGUUCAACGCCAACUUCUCUAUUAAUUACUGGAUCGAGAAGGGAGCACCACCCAGGAAAAUUGUCAUGGGAGCACCACUUUAUGGACAAUCGUUCAGUCUUGCUGAGAGGAGUGAGAGGGGAUUGAAUGCACCUACUUAUGGUGGUGGAGAGGCCGGUGAAGCCACUAGAGCUAGAGGAUUCUUGGCAUAUUACGAGAUCUGUGAGAGAACUUUAAAGAAAGGAUGGAGUGUAAUUCAAGACCCAGAGCGGCGAAUUGGGCCCUACGCAUAUUCAGGGGAUCAGUGGGUGGGCUUUGACGAUGCAGAACAGAUGAAAUUGAAAGCAGAAUUCAUCAAGAAGAUGGGCCUCGGUGGGGGAAUGGUGUGGGCACUGGACUUGGAUGAUUUCAAAAAUCGUUGUGGCUGUGAACCGAGUCCUCUUCUACGAACCAUGAACAGAGUAUUAAGGAACUACCCUCCAGGACCGACGUGCUCUGUCACAGGGAGGCCUCCAAUCAUUCCCCCAGAAGCUCCAACUCAGUCCUCCACCCCUGCGCAGACUUCAACGUCUUCACCAUCAACAGUGGGCCCAGACACAGAUGACACAGUCGAAGUUGAAGCAGGCCCACCCCCUCCAGUUGCCAUUCCCAUCGGCGAGUGCCAAGGAAGACUCUUCAUGCCCCACAAGUCCGACUGCUCCAAGUACUUAAUAUGCAAUUUCGGGCAAAUUCAGGAGCUGUCGUGUCCCAGUGGCCUCCACUGGAACAACGAUCGUUGUGACUGGCCGGAGAACAGCAAGUGCAAGAAGAAUCUUGGAUUAGAAAAUUCUAUUGAAUCGAGUAAUUAUUUGAGAUAAGUUCAUGUGAGUCGAUCGGUUCAAGGGAAGACGCUGUUGAUAUUUGAAAAUCCUGUGAUGAGAUAUUUUCUACGUGGAGGAAUUCGAAGGAUAGGAUUUCUACUGUGGAGAGAAAAGGAUUCUCGAUAAUUCACCAAUUGCAAGUAUUACACUUAUAUGAAGGAAGAAGACGGUUUUCAAGUAGCGAAAAUUGUUUGAAACGGUAGAACAUUUUUCUGACGAUUACCAAGGGAGAAAUUGUGUUAUUUAGACGUACAGCAUUUCUAACCAUGAAAGAAUGUGACAGUCUAGUAGAAUUUAUACUAUAGAAAAAGAAGGAUCCUCGAUAAUUCAGCGGUUUCAAUUAUUACAUUGGAGAAACAUGAUAAUUUUCAACAAGUAAAAGUUGUUUGAUACGAUAAAACACAUUUCUAACUGUUACCAAGGCGGAAGUUGGUCCAUUUCGAUAUACAAAAUUUCCAAACAUGAAUAUUACAUAUGAUGAUUCAAAGAAUUGUAACAGUAAUAUUAACGUCAGAGAAGAGUUUUACAAUUGCAGAAAGAACUGUAGGAAUCUAAUUGAAUGCAUUCUUUAAAAAUUGGAACAAUAGACAUUCAUAACAAUAUGAAUCAUAUUCAAUAUUCGGCACUGGCAGGGGAUAUGGGGGUAACUGUGGCAAACUUUUGACGUUUUUGGAAUGUUAACAACUCAUUCAAUUUUCAAAGAAACGGGAUAACUUUUAAAAUGUAAAAUACAAUUGUUUUCCUUUGAGAUAAGCCUAGACUGAUCUCAAUUGAUGAAUUUGUUGCUCAAUUACAGAAAUCACUUGAAAAAAUGUCGAAAGUGUUCAGUUUGCUCAAUCUCCCCUAAAUACUAUAAGUCAUCGGAUCCAAACACGGAUCCUUAUUUUAGAUUCUAGCAGAGGGCUACAUUUUUUGUACAUUCUUCGAAUCUCCUAGGUGAAUUGAUAUUAUUGCAUGUAAUUGCAGUCAAAAAUAUUUCACAAAUAAUAUUAGAAUUGCAGGAUUUUCCAAUAUCGAAGAGUUUCGCCUCAAUUUUUCUGCUUUGAAACUCUUCCGGCUGACAUGACUUUUCCAUGAUUCAAUAAUAGUAAUUGUUAUGUCACCUGUGAAGACAAUGAAAGUACUCCGACAUUAUGUAUCUUUUUCAUCACUA